CACGUGGUCUACAUACUUCUAGAAGUGGCGCAGCGUGAGAUUUCAUUUGUAUUGCUGUACGUUCUGUUGGUCACAUUUUUCAGCUAUACCUUAUUUUCCUAAGCCGCCAUGCUGAAUGCAAGUAGAAUUGUUAGCCGUCUGGUGGCAUGCUUACCACGAAGCGGAGCCUACACGGGCUGCUUCGAUGGUCUCAACCAAGAGGUUUUAAAAGGAGUAUAUAAACGAAACUAUGCUUCUGAGACCAUUAAGGGAGCAGUCAUCGGAAUAGAUCUGGGUACUACAAACUCAUGUGUUGCUGUUAUGGAAGGAAAACAGGCAAAAGUUCUUGAAAACUCAGAAGGUGCCAGAACAACUCCUUCUGUUGUUGCCUUUUCAGCAGAUGGGGAACGACUAGUUGGAAUGCCAGCCAAGAGGCAGGCGGUGACGAACCCCAACAACACAUUUUAUGCUACAAAACGCCUUAUUGGUCGUCGCUUCGAUGAUGCUGAAGUACAAAAAGAUACCAAAAAUGUGCCCUUUAAGAUUGUUCGUUCCUCCAAUGGUGAUGCUUGGGUAGAAGCACAUGGAAAGGUAUAUUCUCCAAGUCAGAUAGGUGCAUUCGUGCUGAUCAAGAUGAAGGAGACUGCAGAAAAUUAUUUGGGCCAUGCCGCUAAGAACGCUGUCAUCACUGUACCUGCAUAUUUCAAUGACUCCCAAAGACAGGCAACAAAGGAUGCUGGGCAGAUUGCUGGAUUGAACGUUUUACGAGUAAUUAAUGAACCAACUGCUGCGGCUCUUGCUUAUGGCCUAGAUAAGUCAGACGAUAAAAUUAUUGCGGUCUAUGAUCUUGGAGGUGGUACUUUUGAUAUUUCGGUCUUGGAAAUACAGAAAGGUGUAUUUGAAGUGAAAUCUACUAAUGGUGACACCUUUCUUGGUGGAGAAGAUUUUGACCAAGCGUUGUUACAGCAUAUUGUAAAACAAUUCAAAAGAGAAACUGGUGUCGAUCUAAUGAAAGACAACAUGGCUUUACAAAGAGUGAGAGAAGCUGCUGAGAAGGCCAAAUGUGAACUAUCUUCAUCUGUACAGACUGAUAUUAAUUUGCCAUACCUGACUAUGGAUGCUUCUGGACCAAAACACUUAAACAUGAAGCUAACUCGUUCCCAGUUCGAAGGGAUUGUGGCUGACUUAAUUAAAAGAACCAUUUCGCCAAGCCAGAAAGCUAUGCAAGAUGCAGAGGUCAGCAAAAGUGACAUUGGUGAAGUUCUUCUAGUUGGUGGAAUGACCAGAAUGCCAAAGGUCCAACAAACCGUGCAAGACUUGUUUGGCCGUGCUCCAAGCAAAGCUGUAAAUCCCGAUGAAGCUGUGGCUAUUGGUGCUGCUAUUCAAGGUGGUGUAUUAGCUGGUGAUGUGACUGAUGUUCUGCUGUUGGAUGUCACUCCUCUUUCUCUUGGAAUUGAAACACUUGGAGGAGUCUUCACAAAGCUAAUAGGUCGAAACACAACCAUUCCAACAAAGAAGAGCCAGGUGUUCUCUACUGCUGCUGAUGGGCAGACGCAAGUGGAAAUUAAAGUAUGCCAAGGAGAGCGAGAAAUGGCGUGCGACAACAAAAUUCUUGGACAGUUUACAUUGGUUGGAAUUCCACCUGCACCUCGUGGCGUACCUCAGAUAGAAGUCACCUUUGAUAUUGAUGCCAAUGGAAUUGUUCAUGUAUCGGCAAAAGAUAAAGGAACUGGACGCGAACAGCAGAUUGUUAUUCAGUCUUCUGGUGGCCUAAGCAAGGAUGAUAUUGAAAAUAUGGUGAAAAAUGCAGAAGGUAUGCAGAGGGACGACAGAAGAAGAAAGGAGCUUGUUGAAGCUGUAAAUAAUGCAGAAGGAAUUAUUCAUGACACAGAAUCAAAGAUGGAAGAAUUUAAAAGCCAGUUACCUGAAGAUGAGUGCAACAAACUUAAAGAGGAGAUCAACAAGAUGAACGCCAUUUUGGCUAGGAAAGACCAAGAAACUGGAGAGAGUAUAAGACAAGCCUCCUCAUCUCUACAGCAAGCAUCAUUAAAGCUAUUUGAAAUUGCAUACAAAAAGAUGGCAUCAGAAAGAGAGGGUUCUGAAGCUGGGGAGCAAAAGGAAGAGCAAAAAGAUAAACAAUAAAUUUAAAAGAAUAAAAUAUGGAAUGGAGGCUUUGGAGAGAAUUGCUUCAUGGAUGUCCUGAGCAAAAACUAGUCUAUAAGUCAAUUGUUAUACUGUGUUUUGGCAGUACUUUUUAUAUAUAAUUUUCUUUAUGAUAAGUAAAAUGUAUGUUCGGCGGACUUUGUGAACCCUUUCUUUGUUUUUUUAUUUUUUUGUUUGUUUGUUUUUUCUUUUUAAUUUUCCAUAGAUCACCUGAAAAAUUUUCAUACUGUCUGUAAAAGAAAACUAUUUGCCGCACCAAUAAACUACUGGCUUAGCUAUUUAA